GCCAGCAACGGGGCGCCGCGGCCGUCUGAGGUGCGAGCGCGGCGCGAGCAUGGAGCCGCCCAAGGUGGAAAAGUUCAGCCCCGCCGGCAGGGGAAACGGACUGCGCGCCUUGGUGCGGCUGCGGCCCGGGGAGCUGCUCUUCCGCUCGGAUCCCUUGGCGUACACGGUGUGCAAGGGGAGCCUUGGCGUCGUCUGUGACCGCUGCCUCCUCGGGAAGGAAAAGCUGAUGCGAUGCUCUCAAUGCCGAGUGGCCAAAUACUGUAGUGCUAAGUGUCAGAAAAAAGCUUGGCAGGACCACAAGCGGGAAUGCAAAUGCCUUAAAAACUGCAAACCCAGAUAUCCUCCAGACUCUGUCCGACUUCUUGGCAGAGUUGUUGUCAAACUUAUGGAAGGAACACCCUCUGAAUCGGAGAAACUUUACUCGUUUUAUGAUCUGGAAUCAAAUAUUAACAAACUGACCGAGGAUAAGAAAGAGGGCCUCCGGCAACUGGCAAUGACAUUUCAGCAUUUCAUGAGAGAAGAAAUACAGGAUGCUUCUCAGCUGCCGCCUUCCUUUGACAUUUUUGAAGCCUUUGCUAAAGUGAUUUGUAAUUCAUUCACCAUCUGUAAUGCAGAGAUGCAGGAAGUCGGUGUUGGCCUCUAUCCUAGUAUGUCUUUGCUCAAUCACAGCUGUGACCCCAACUGCUCAAUCGUAUUCAAUGGCCCCCACCUCCUACUGCGUGCAGUCCGAGACGUUGAGGCAGGAGAUGAGCUCACCAUCUGCUAUCUGGAUAUGCUGAUGACCAGCGAGGAGCGCCGGAAGCAGCUGAGGGACCAAUACUGUUUUGACUGUGACUGUUUCCGUUGCCAAACUCAGGACAAGGAUGCUGAUAUGCUAACCGGUGAUGAGCAAGUAUGGAAGGAAGUUCAAGAAUCCUUGAAAAAAAUUGAAGAACUGAAGGCACAUUGGCAGUGGGAACAGGUUCUGGCCAUGUGCCAGGCGAUCAUAAGCAGCAACUCUGAACGGCUUCCCGAUAUCAACAUUUACCAGCUGAAGGUGCUCGACUGCGCCAUGGACGCCUGCAUCAACCUCGGGCUGCUGGAGGAGGCCUUGUUCUAUGGGGUUCGGACCAUGGAGCCAUACAGGACCUUUUUCCCAGGAUGCCAUCCCGUCAGAGGUGUGCAGGUGAUGAAAGUUGGCAAACUGCAGCUACACCAGGGCAUGUUUCCCCAAGCCAUGAAGAAUCUGAGACUGGCUUUUGAUAUUAUGAGAGUGACACAUGGCAGAGAGCACAGCCUGAUUGAAGACUUGAUUCUGCUCUUAGAAGAAUGUGAUGCCAACAUCAGAGCAUCCUAAGGGAACCCAGUGGAUGGAAGAGGGCUCACACCUUUAUUGAAUGCCUUACUGAGGUCGCACACUGUAUGCUUUGUUUGCUGUGUGAAACCCCCCCCCCUUUGGAAAUGCUAUUCUAUGUUUGUGCAGGUAAUAAAGGCAGAUGUAUGGUUUGCAAACCACAAGAAUCAUUAGUUGUAGAGAAGCACCGUUGUAAUAAACACGAAAAUUUGUUUGA